GCAGUCUCUCCGCCGCUAGUCCCAGCAAGCGCUAGGCAGGCGACCCCCGCUGCCUGGCCACCCACACUUGCUACUGUUGCUUCUUCCACCCGCGAUCGCAGCUUGGCAAGUCCGAAACGCAGCCUGCAGCCUGGGCGGGUCAGCGCGGGAGGGCCUCGCGGUCUUAGGGGACCGACUACGAACUUGCAAAGGACCGCCGCUCUCCCGGCCUGGAGAGUGUGAACAGGACUGUGAAUUCUUCCAAGACUUACAAUGAUACAGUGAAUCCAGAGACUGGGACCAAAAACAUUUGCUCAGCUCUUUAGUUUUAACAACAGUAAGUUCUACCAUCACCCAUCAUGGCUAAAAGUGCAGAGGUCAAGCUGGCAGUAUUUGGGAGAGCAGGAGUGGGCAAGUCAGCUCUUGUAGUGAGAUUUCUGACCAAACGGUUCAUCUGGGAAUAUGAUCCCACCCUCGAAUCAACCUACCGACACCAAGCAACCAUCGAUGACGAAGUUGUUUCCAUGGAGAUCCUUGAUACUGCUGGUCAGGAAGACACCAUUCAGAGAGAAGGGCACAUGCGAUGGGGGGAAGGCUUUGUGCUGGUCUAUGACAUUACUGACCGAGGAAGUUUUGAGGAAGUGCUACCACUGAAGAACAUCCUAGAUGAGAUCAAAAAGCCCAAGAAUGUGACUUUAAUCUUGGUUGGAAACAAAGCUGAUUUGGACCACUCCAGACAAGUGAGUACAGAAGAAGGGGAGAAGCUGGCCACAGAAUUAGCAUGUGCUUUUUAUGAGUGUUCUGCCUGCACUGGAGAAGGGAACAUCACAGAGAUCUUCUACGAGUUAUGUCGAGAGGUGCGUCGCCGGAGGAUGGUGCAGGGCAAGACGAGGAGACGCAGUUCCACCACACAUGUCAAGCAGGCCAUCAACAAGAUGCUCACCAAAAUCAGUAGUUAGGCCGCUCUGGUCUUUCAGAGGCACUGCAGAGGUGGGUUGGGUCAUUGGAAAUUGUGCCCUUCUUUUUUCCUUCCAAAAAUGAAAUGAAAUACCCCACUCCUUGUUUUGACUAGGGGAAUUGUCUGGGCUUCUCAUUGUUCCCCACCUUUCAUAUGUUGGGGGUUUUAGAGUGUCUUGUGCAGUUUCAAUGCUGACAAUUAUUCCCUUUCCUGCUUGCAUAGGAUCCACUCCGCUACAGCUUGAAGAUGUAGCUACCAGAAAUUGAGAAAUGGCUGGGCUCAUAUUCAGCUAUUUUUAGGCAUCUCCACAUUGCUUAAACAAGUUAGUCUUUUCAGAGGCAUUUUAAAUUAAAUUUUAAAUUCCAUUUCUUGUCAAAGACUACCAAUGAUCAUCAUAAAUGUCUGAGAUAGCAGAAAAUAAAGUAAAAACACCAUAAGGACAGCUGAGCUGUUGGAGCUAAGACUAGAACUCAGUUCCUUUUUGAAGUGAGGAUUUUCCGAAUUAUCUUAAAUCACUGAGUUUUUCUUUAACCCUGCAAUUUGUUCUUACCUUGAAACAUGAACUCGUGAAGGUUUUUCACUGUAAUAGAGUUCAUUUCAAUUUGAGUUGAUUAUCUCAAUGACAUAUUAACCAUUAUGCCCUGAUUCUUCUUGCUUGGCUUAUACACCUCUGUAAUAACAGAGGCAGCAAGACCCACUAUUCAAAUCUUGAUAAAGCUUUCUCCUCAAACCCAAGGUGAUGUAAAACAUUAGCAAUCUUUUCACCAAAUUCUAAUUUCAUUGCAUGCAUGUAGGAGUUAGUCUUAGAGAUGCCUGAUUGUUUCUCACUCUGUUUAUCACCCUAGCAGAAAGACAAUAAUCCAAACAACAGGGUAAUUAGGAAUGGAGCUUAAACACCCCUCUGUAGGGAAGCCAAGGCUCUGUGCCAGCCACAUCAGAAAAAGAAGCUUCUGCUUCAUUAAGAUGACCACAUGACUUCUUUAAAAUUUUAGGUAAAUUAAUUCACUUAGAAGAAUUCAGAAAAGAACAGAUGAUUUGAGUUCAUUAUAUCUGAAUAAAUGUGCAUAAAACAGAUUCUUAUAAAAGUACAGCCUAUAACUAACAAGGCUUUAUAACUCUCUUCUCCCUCUUAUGCCCCCAUAUAUCAACAUUUGGGCACUUUA